UGUGUAUCAGCCAUCUACCCUGCAUCUUCCUCUCCUCCGAUUCCUGCAUCACAGAGAGAGAAAGCCAGCCAGUCAGCAGAUCUCCCAACUCGUGUAAUAAAAUAUGCAGAAAACAAACUAGGACUGGUUAAAGUCAACCCAAUCGAUCGCUAUCAUCUGGGCUCAUGGAUUGACUGAGCAUAGCCUCUUUCCCCACAUCUCCAUUUCCAUUUGCAGAGCGGGACAAGAUUUUGGGAGCAGAUGAUGGCGGGAAGAAGAGUCGGGCCAUUGAUGCGGAAUAACAGCAGCGGCGCCGCCUUCAUCAAAUCCAAAGUCGGAAUCGCGGUUGCGCUCGGGAUCUUGCUCGGUUUCGCCUUCGCUUUCUUCUACCCUCACGGCUUCUUCGUUUCCGCUACUAGUGCUCGCCUCCAGACUUCCUCCCUCCGCUCCGUUAUUUCCCAGGUGGUAUCAACCUCCUGCGAACCAUCCGAGAAAGUCAAAGCCUUAAAAUUCGAAUUUUCUGAAGCAUCAGAGAAGAAUGCAGAGCUGCAGAAACAAGUCAAGGAGCUAACUUCAAAGCUCAGGUAUGCUGAACAAAUCAAACAACAAGCAGAAACUCAAGUUGCCAUAUUAGGCCAACAGCACAAGGCUGGACCUUUUGGUACUGUCAAGAGUCUAAGAACAAACCUCGCAGUCAUCCCAGACGAAUCUGUGAACCCAAGGUUGUCAGCCAUACUUGACAAAGUCGCCGUCCAGAAAGAACUCAUAGUCACUCUAGCCAACUCGAAUGUGAAAGAAAUGCUCGAGGUCCAGUUCACCACCAUCAAAAAGCUUGGCAUACCCAAUUACUUGGUUGUCGCUUUGGAUGAUGAAAUUGUUGACCUUUGUGAAUCCAAUGACAUUGCAUUCUACAAGAGGGACCCCGAUGAAGGUCUCGAUUCAGUAGGAAAGUCUGGUGGCAAUCACGCUGUAUCGAGCUUGAAAUUCCAAAUCUUGAGGGAGUUCCUGCAGCUGGGUUAUGGUGUUCUUCUCUCGGAUGUUGACAUUGUCUAUCUACAGAACCCGUUUAAUCAUCUGUACAGGGAUUCUGACGUGGAGUCGAUGACGGAUGGACAUAACAACAUGACCGCCUAUGGAUACGACGACGUGUUUGAUGAGCCAUCCAUGGGAUGGGCUCGGUAUGCUCACACGAUGAGGAUAUGGGUCUACAACUCAGGGUUCUUCUACAUUAGACCGACGAUUCCUUCAAUCGAGCUCUUGGAUCGUGUGGCAUACCGCCUUGCUCACGAGACUGCGUGGGAUCAGGCAGUGUUCAAUGAGGAGCUGUUUUUCCCAUCGCAUCCUGGCUACGAUGGAUUGUUUGCUUCAAGGAGGACCAUGGAUUAUUAUAUUUUCAUGAACAGUAAGGUUCUGUUUAAGACUGUUCGGAAAGAUGGUGAGUUGAGGAAGAAGGUGAAGCCAGUGAUUGUUCACGUGAAUUAUCAUCCUGAUAAGCUCCCACGGAUGAGGGCUAUCGUGGAGUUCUAUGUUAAUGGAGACCAAGAAGCAUUGAAGUCUUUCCCCGAUGGAUCAGAGAAGUGAAACAAUGGCGAUUCGGUUCAUUAGGAAAACUCCACAUUUUGGCUAGUUCUUCAUGAGCAAAAAUUUGUAGUCAAUUUUGAAGGUUCUCAUGUGUGAAUGUAUCAUUUGUAUGUCUGAGCCAUUUUAGCUUGACCACGGAGAUAAAGAAGGAAAGUUACUGUUGAGUUCACGGUGGAAAGAAAAUUGCAGAGGAAUUCCUGUUUAUCCUGUAUUCUGUUCGGUUCUUCUAGUUCAAAAUUAUUUUGUAUCAAUGACAAGAUGGUUGUUCAUAUCUCAGUUUUGGUCUCAUCACAAAUUUAAUCUUGAGUUCUUGACAAA